AGGACUUUGGGAGCCAACAUGUAUCUUCUGCUCACUACUGGCACAGUAAUCAUCGGAUCUUUCCUCUACGGUACUGACCAGGGCGUCUUAUCCAACCUCUUGACUGGACAAAACUUCGGGUCAAAGUUCNCCAACGUCUAUACCGAUGCUACUUUGAAGGGCUGGGUAGUAGCAAUUCUACAGCUCGGUGCCUGGCUUGGUGCAUUGAUCAACGGGCCACUUGCCGACAGAAUCUCGCGCAAGUAUAGCAUUACCGUUGCCGCUUUCACGUUAUCGAUGUUUACUGAUUGUCUGACAGUUANNUUCACCGUGGGCACCGCUCUCUGUGGCGGAGCGCAAAGUGUUAGCUACNUCUUCGCAGGACGCAUAAUCGCAGGUGUCGCUGUCGGUCAAGUGUCGCACGUUGUACCCNUCUAUCUGGCUGAGAUAUCCCCAUCCGAAUUCCGUGGUGCACUUGUCUCUUGUCAACAAGUCGGCAUUACGUCCGGUAUCAUGAUCUCCUACUGGUUGUGCUAUGGCACGAGUUUCAUCGGCGGUCAAGCGUGCAAUGCCGACCAGAACGCCCACNCUGGUGACGGCAGCUUCAAUCCCUAUACAGACGUUCCAGCAGGCGGUUGUGAUGGGCAGACAGCGUUGGCAUGGCGACUGCCCUUGUGCCUGCAAUGCGUUCCCGCUGUCAUUCUCCUUGCAGGAUCCUUCUGGUUGCCUUUCAGCCCUCGUUGGCUGAUGUCCAAGGGCAGAGAAGAAGAGGCUCGCGCUAAUAUCGCCAAGCUCCAUGGGCUUGCCAUCAAUGAUCCCAUCGUUGAGACCGAGUGGCUGGAGAUCAAGGCAGCAGUCAUGUUCGACGAGAGGACCGCUAGAGAGCAGCACCCCAACAAAGAAGGUUUACGCUUGGCUUUAGGCAAGGUCAGCAUGUUAUUGACCAACAAAGGUCUCUUUCGAAGACUCGCUUUAGGAUGUAUCCUCAUGUUCUUCCAACAAUUUACGGUAGGAAUGCCGCAUCCAGCACCCAAGGUCCUGACACGAUCACUGACACUUAUCAUAGNNGGCAUUAACGCUAUUAUCUACUAUGCACCUACCAUAUUUGGUAGCUUAGGCUUGAACGUCUCCACUACUUCCCUGCUUGCGACAGGUGUUCUGGGCGUCAUCGACUUCCUCUUCACAUUCCCAGCGAUCUUUNUCGUUGACCGCUUCGGACGUCGCAAGUUCUUGAUGGCAGGCGCUCNNGGCAUGAUGAUCAGUCACAUUGUCGUCGCGGGAAUCCUUGGCCACUACGAAGGCAACUUUGGUCUGCCUGGAGGCAAAGCUGCUGGUUGGGUCGGCAUUGCUUUCAUCUGGGUCAGUAUCCCCGUCGCAUGCUGUCCCGAUCACCACGAUGCUGACAACGCAAUCAGGCUUNUCGGUGCAAACUUCUCAUACUCCUGGGGUCCUGUCGCAUGGCUUCUCGCUUCCGAACUUUUCUCUCCUGGUCAUCGCAGUCAAGCUGUCAGUAUCAUCAUUAGCUGCAACUACAUGAUGAACUUCAUUGUUGGCCAAGUCACACCCAAUAUGCUCCAAGCACUCAAAUUUGGUACCUACAUAUUCUUUGCCGCAUUCUGCCUUCUCAUGUUCCUCUGGGUCUGGUUCUUGGUCCCUGAGACGAGAUACAAGAGCUUGGAAGAGAUGGACGCUGUCUUUGGCGAUAACCUGGGUCAAGCGGAUCAGGAACGCAUGCGUGAGAUAAUGGCUGAGAUUGGUUUAGAGCCGGCUACUCAUGUUCAUGAUGAUGCGUCAAUCUUCGGUCAAGGGGACUUGGAGGUGAAGGAGAGUCAGGUUGCUCACGUCGAGGAGAGAUAG